AGGCGGGCGGGGAAGGCCGUGGUUAUCGAUCCCGCUGCUGGAGGGAGGCGGCGGUGAAGCAGCAGAGAAAAUGGCGGCUAUGGCUGCGGAGGCGGCAGCAACUGCAGCGGUGCCGGGCGAUGGGGGGGCCGGCGAAGCCGAGCCCGAGAUGGAGCCUAUCCCGGGCAGUGAGGCCGGCGCGGACCCUCUCCCUGCCGUCACUGAGGCCGUGGAGUCGGUGGUGCCUGAUGGGGAGGAGGCCGACGGGGGGAAGGUUGCUCCCGGCGAGGCCGAGGAACCGCCGCCUGUGCAGCGAGCCCGGAGCCCGGCCGGGACUCAGGAGCCGGAAGCUGAGAGGACGGAGAAGCUGCCGCCCUCCACCCCGGAGGUGGACUCGCCCCAGGCCGAGCACCGGGGAGCUCCGAGCCCGGAGUCCGAGGAGGAGCCGCAGCCCUGCCCGCCGCCUGCUGGGCACCCCGAACUUCCCGAGGAGGAGUCGCAGCCCUGCCCGCCGGCUACUGGGGGCUCCGCGGAGCCGGAGCCCGGGGAGGAGCCGUCCCGGCCGGAGGAGGAGGAGCCGGAUGCUGCUGAUGCCGCCGCUGUCGAGCCCAAGUCCCCGGUGCCCGUGGCUCCGGCCGGAGGAGAGGCGGAGGCUCCGCUGCUGCCUGGCUCCGAGGUGCGGGUCACCCUGGAUCACAUCAUCGAGGACGCCCUGGUGGUCUCGUUCCGGCUGGGAGAGAAGCUUUUUUCCGGGGUCCUCAUGGACCUCUCUAAAAGGUUUGGACCCCAUGGAAUCCCUGUGACCAUAUUUCCUAAAAGGGAAUACAAGGAUAAACCUGAAGCCAUGCAGCUCCAAAGUAAACCAUUCCAAGAUGAGGCACAGGUGAAGUGUGAAUCUAAUGCUGCAGUCCCUGAUGACUCUUCUCUCACACAGCCAUCAGAACCUAGCAUAGCUAAAAGCCUAUGGACUUCUAAACCACCUCCUCUCUUUCAUGAGGGAGCGCCAUAUCCUCCUCCUUUGUUUAUCAGGGACACAUAUAACCAGUCAAUACCUCAGCCUCCGCCCCGGAAAAUUAAGCGGCCCAAGCGUAAAAUGUACAGGGAGGAACCCACUUCUAUCAUGAAUGCUAUCAAACUACGACCCCGGCAGGUCUUAUGUGACAAGUGCAAAAACAGUGUUGUUGCAGAAAAAAAGGAAAUAAAAAAAGGUGGCAAUGCAAGUGACUCUUCAAAAUAUGAGGAUAACAAAAAACGAAGAAAUGAGAGUGUGACUACUGUGAAUAAAAAACUUAAGACUGACCAUAAAGUGGAUGGAAAAAGCCAAAAUGAAAGCCAGAAAAGGAAUGCUGUGGUCAAGGUUUCAAAUAUUGCCCACAGCAGAAGCAGAGUAGUUAAAGUUUCCGCACAAGCAAAUACUUCAAAAGCGCAGUUAAAUACAAAAAAAGUUCUCCAGAGCAAAAAUAUGGAUCAUGCGAAAGCUCGGGAAGUCUUGAAAAUGGCCAAAGAAAAGGCACAAAAGAAGCAGAGUGCAACCUCCUCUUCCAAAAAUGCACAUUCAAAGGUCCACUUCACACGGCGUCUUCAGAACACCAGCUCAGGUUCCCUCCCACCCCGAUUGCGUUUAAAGCCACAAAGGUAUCGGAAUGAAGAAAAUGACUCUUCUCUCAAGACAGGACUUGAGAAAAUACGGAGUGGCAAGAUGGCAACUAAGCCCCAGUCUCGCUGCUCCUCCACCCGCUCAGCAGCUCAGAGACACUAGUCAACUGCUGUUUUUAUGGAACCUCACUACACUGCCACGAAGAGCACCAGCUCAUCAGGACUGAAAGAAAUCUGAGACUGAAUUGUCCUAUUUUUCCUCUGAAAUCUUCACCAAGUAGUAAACAUUUUUUGAAGGGGAAAGGGGGGGAAUCUGUUAAAGCCCCCCUGGCACCCUGCUAGGGUACCUGUACCUAAUGUACAUUUUCUUUAAAAUUUAAAAAGAUGUUAGGAAAUAUUUUAUAAAACUUUUUUGCAAUAAAUGACGCAUGAAAUUAUGAAAGACUAUAUGACACAUGCAAGGAACCACUUGAAUUAUUAGUAUGAAGAAUCACUGCAAAUAACUGGGGUUUUUUUGUAAUGUGACAGUCACGUUUGUAUGUUUUGAUAGGUGCCAGUGAUGGAGCCAAUUGCCUGGGAAGUUGACUGUAACUUUUGAACUUUUCUUUCAAUUCUUAACUUUAGCAUUGCAAUUUUCCAUUCUAUGAGGCUUAGUUAGUAUUUAGUGCAGGUGUUAGCAGAGCUGUGAUCUGUGAUCAAAAGCAUGUCCAAAACCAAUUGUAUUGUAAAAUAUGAACAGUCCUGCUAUAUGAGACCAAUAUUUCCCAUAGAGGUGAUGCAAGGGACAGUGACCACAAACUCCAUGUAUCUCUGUAUUAUGGGAAAGCUCCUUCUGUGUGAAUAUGGUUGCAUUUUAUUUAUGCUAUUAUAACACUUAGGGAAUCGAGGAUUGUGGAAUAACGUUAAGAAGGGCUACAACGCAGAGAGCAGCAUUUUGCUUAUAAUUCCAUAACAAGAUGGGAAUCAUGAAUGGAGAGCGAUCAAAUGGAAUAGCAUUUCUAUUUCAAAUCAUGGCUUAUUUUUUUCUUUUGACAUAAAUAUUUUUCAGAUAGGUAACUAGUAGAGCAAAGGUUUUAUUAGUGUUGCUGGUGGUUGUUGAGCUGAGUUGCAUUGACUUCUUUGAAUAGCUGUAAAUCAAAAACAAAGGAACCCAGUGGGUUUCAUCCAUUUUAUUCCCCUCCCCCAGAGGUGUUUGGUAAGACUUAUUUCGAUGGAGCUUGUGAAUGCUGGACACACUGCUGAAAUAUUGAGUUAUUAAAUAUUAAUUUAUUUGUCACUACUUAUUUGACAUUGUGUGCACACUUAUACUCAGCAGUAUCAUUUCUUACAAAGUUCUUAACAGGGAGUUUAUGAUACAACCUGGGGAAGCAACUAUUUGUUUUGAAGAAAUGAAAAUGUGCACAUAAUCUACUAAAAGUCAAAUUUCUGUUUCUAUAGAAGUAAAAAGACGUGUAGUAAACUCUUUUCCUCCGCACUAAUAUCCUGAUUCGAUUGGAGAAAAUAGAGUGUCUUUGUCUGGCUCAUUGGAAAACAGAGAUACCUUUCUGAGAGGUGUCUGUAUCGGCACAAAGACAGUUUCAUAGCCUUGACUAUGGAGCCUAAAUUAAUCACAUAGAAUUUGGGGUUCAGACAACUCUAUCAUUUGGUUUUGAUAUUGGCAACAGGUUUAUACUUGUUAAACAAUCAGAGAGCAAGGAAGUGAGAGGCUGGCACAGGCAUCCAAACCCAAGAUAGGCGCAUCAAUGCACCUCACACCUACUGAGGCAGUUCAUGCUUCAUGCUGUUCAGUUCCUAUUUUUCAGAGGUAAAUUCUUGAUUUAUAAAGCCAGCAAUUGAAUGCUUAUGCCUACUUCUUACAAACUAGCUGCAUAAAGCUGUACAGUAGGUUCAAAUUGUACCAUUUUGCAAAACAAACUACAAAGAUUUUUUCUUAAUUUGAGGUUAAUGUUUGUUCUACAAGGAAAGGGGAGGCAAUUUAAUGCCAUGUAUGUGUCAGCCUUUCACCUCCAGAGACCAAACCCUGAUUGUAUUAACAACGAAUAAGGGCCUUAGCCUAAUAAAUUACAUUUUUACCCCCCACCAAAAAAAAACCCCAACCAACCAAACAAAAAAGAAGCCACCAAACAACAUGGCACAAAACAGUUUCUGCUCAGGAAAAAGGCCCAGGACUGUAAUAGCAGGGUUAUUGCACAUUGGAUUGAAAACUGAUUGAUAUUGUAAGUAGAAGCCAGUAGUGCCUGCCUGUGUGACAUCUGACUCUUAACCAGUGCUCUCGUUUCCUCACCUUGUGAGCACUUGUGCACAGCAGCUGAAAUAUAAAGAAUACACUUAAGAGAGAUGCAGGUCUCUGCAUUGGAGAAUAUGGGUAUAUAAGCAAAUAGCCUAAAAAUAGACAAGGUAGCUAACUGUAUUUGCAUUUGUUUUCACAGAAAGUAUUGCAGCCAUUUUGUUUGAAACCAGAUUUUCAUUUUGAAAUGAAAUUGUCAGGGAUAUUCUAAUGAUAGAGAAUUACAGUAAUGUAUUGCUUUUCACUUUUUUGCUUUAGUUGCUUAAUAUUUAAGCUUUGCUCCGUGCUACCUUCUUGUCUGUAUAUUGAAUGGUCACUAUGCCUCUUUCAUUUUGUAGACUUGAAUGAGGAAAAUAUGAUUCACCCUUUAAGGUUUGCUGAGAAGUAAAUGAUAAAGAAUGUUGUGUAACAUUUAUUCAAAUAAAGCCUUGAUUUUUUUCA